AUGUUCAGUGCUAAAGUUAUCUUGCUCGCUGCUGUAGCAGUAUGCUAUGGAGCACCAAAUGCCCAAUUUAGCAACCAUCACCUAAAGAUUGACGGUGGCAUUGACGCCGAAAUAGAAGACUUUCCAUACGUCGCUUCCGUCCAAUUUUGUCCUUAUAAAUGCUCACACAUUUGCAGUGCUAUAAUCAUCAACGAGAACUGGGUAUUGACCGGCUCCAAUUGCAUUAAGUAUAUUCCAUACCAAAAGGUUGAUGCGGGAGCAUUUUACUUAGCCCAAGACGACAAAGUUACCGUUGACAUUGAAGAUACAUUCGUUCAUCCUGACGCUCCAUCUGAAGGACUCGGUCCAAAUGAUCUUGCUUUACUUAAGUUAGCUCAACCACUUACAUUCAACGAAAGAAUACAGCCAGCAAAAUUGCCCAAACAAGGCCAAGAAUUCACCGGUAAAGCUAAUGUGACCGGUUUCGGUGACAGUAACCAUCCUGACCGCAACGGCCUCCAAACAGCCCGUGAUGUAACUCUUAUAUCUAACGAUGAUUGCCGCAAAGCCAUCAAACAAGUUUCACCAGACCAAGUUUCUAAUUUAGAUGACAAGAGUAAUUUAUGUACGUUAAGCAAAACAGCAAACACCUGCUACGGUGAUGUCGGUGGUCCUUUAAGUCAAGACGGAACCGUCAUCGGUACAGUCACGUGGUACUUAGAGCCAUGCGAAACCAGCGGAGCUCCAAAUGUGUACACCAAGCUCUCUAACUUCGUGGACUGGAUCGAAAAAACCAUUACCGAAAAUAGUUAAAUUAUAUA